AUGGUGCGUUCUUCUGCCAACAUGUUGGAACCCAUCUUGCUUACUUUUCUUCCCUGUCUCUCGGUUGGUUACCCACUCUCCGACGGUGUAGGUGAUGCACACACCGCAUGUGACUGGGCACUAACAGUAAUUUCGUUUGGUUCACCUAGAAAAAAGAAGAAUGGAGAAGAAGAACAGCCGAAGUCCUCUGUCAGUAAUCAGUACCGAAUUGUUACACCCACAUUCCAGUAUAAUAUGGACUACAAGAAAGUUGGCAAAUGUAUUAUUAUAAACAACAAAAAUUUUGAAGACAAAACAGGAAUGGGCACACGCAAUGGCACUGAUAAAGAUGCUGGAGAUUUAGCUAAGAGUUUUAAGAACUUGGGUUUUGAGGUUUGCACAUACAAUGACCGAAGCCGGGGUGAUAUGGAAAAAUUACUGAAGCAAGCUGCUGAGGAGAAUCACAGUGAUGCCGCUUGUUUUGCCUGUAUCCUUCUAAGCCAUGGAGAAGAAGGCCUCAUCUAUGGCACUGAUGGACCCAUGGCUAUCAAGAGUUUGACUGCGCUAUUCAGAGGAGACAAGUGUAAAAGCCUUGUAGGCAAACCCAAAUUAUUCUUCAUUCAGGCAUGCAGAGGCUCUGAAUUUGAUGAAGGCAUACAAACUGACUCUGGACCUGCAAACGACACUCUAGAAACAGAUGCCAAUCCAAGAUACAAAAUCCCAGUAGAAGCAGAUUUUCUGUUUGCAUAUUCCACAGUGCCAGGUUAUUACUCCUGGAGGAAUCCUGGAAGAGGCUCCUGGUUUGUGCAGUCUCUGUGCUCUGUGCUAAAUGAGCAUGGAAAACAACUUGAGAUCAUGCAGAUCCUCACACGGGUCAACUAUGUGGUUGCCACCAAUUUUGAAUCACAGUCUGAUGAUCCACGCUUCAGUGAGAAGAAGCAGAUUCCCUGUGUGGUCUCUAUGCUCACUAAGGAACUUUACUUCUGAAAGUGUAUUUUUAAUGCAGCCAGUGAUGAAGAAUCAGGAUAUGGUUUUGGGUGGAGAUUUGAUUAUAAACCGGAGUAACACAUUUUUAAUAACAGAAAUGUAAUUACACUAGACUUUUAUAU